AUGGGCGGAAUAACAAUAGACAGAAACGCAGAUCCUUCAACCUAUUAAAAUAACACAUCUCGAACAACAGUAUUUUCGCUUGUAAACUCCAUGGUAGGCGCUACUCUUCUUUAUUAUGUUUUUUCUAUAGAAAUGUUAUAUGAUAUGACUACCUUUAUUAUUUACUAAUCAGGAGGUAAAGAAGGAGACUAAUAUGCAAGUAAAGAAUCUAAAGAUUAUUCGAGAUUUUCCAUUUAAUAUAUGAUUAUUAUUACUUUUCCUAUUUUUUUAGCUCUCCUUUUUUUAAAAAAUUUAGGAUUUCUCAUAAAAAUAGCUGAAUUGGGUGUUUAUGCUAUUUAUUCUUACGUUAUUUUCAUUUUCUAUAUUUUCAUUUAAAAUAUAUACAGAGGCACUCUCUAAAAUCACAUAAAAGAUACCAAAUUGUUCUCUUUAGACAUCGGAAGUUUAGGUGGAACGGCUUCUUUAGCCUUUUAAAUCCAAACUAACUUCUGUCCUGUGAUAAAAUGUAACUAAAACUAACAAAACAACCGUAGAGAU